AUGGAAUGUUGCCCAGUUUAUGAAUUUCCAUAUUGUGGUUAUCAACCAUGUUCAAUACAACUUUGUAAUGAUGAUAUAAAUACAUUAUUAUCGAAUAUUAACCCACCAAUAGAUGCUCAAUGUUGCUAUCAGUCUCCGACAAUUACUUUAAACUGUGUUCCGCAAAUAAAUUCGAGUGCAUGCAACAGGGAUACACUUGUGUAUCAAGCACCAGACACUAUGCCAAUAGAAACAAUUUUACAAGAGUUUGGUGUUAAUGUGAAUACAGUACAACCGUGUAGUUCUCUCAAUACCUGUUACCGAAAAGAUGUAUGUGAACCAAUGGAAGUCACUAUCUUAUCUCCUUUACGUCGUCGUCGUCGGCGACUUAUUUGUCACGAAGUUUCAGAUUCUGAGGAUGACCAUUACUACAGACGUCGGCCACGUUAUCGUCGUCAUUCAUAUGAUCCUGAUUCUCGACCCGAUCGUUCAGAAAAGUCUCCAACUGCUGCUCAUGAUGCAUUAAGCAAUGUAUGGGAGAGAGCAAGAACAGCAUCAGAACAUUUACCACGAUCUUCUACAGAUUCUAAUAUUGCUCGACAAUGGGAAGCAAUGCGACGUAGUACUCCUCCUCCACCAAGCAAUGUUGAUAUGAAUAGAGUUUGGCAAUCAAUGCAACGUACUCCACCACCUGAUCCUACGAUUUCGCGUGCUUGGGAAGCAAUGCAACCAAUGCAACGUACUCCACCAGCAAAUCCUGCGACUUUACAUGCUUGGGAAGCAAUGCGAAAUGCACCGCCACCACCUAAUCCUGCAACUUUACAUGCUUGGGAAGCAAUGCAAAAGGCAUCUCCACCACCUAAUCCUGCAGCGAUGAACGCUUGGCAAGCAAUGGUAAGGGCAUCUCCACCACCUAAUCCUGCAGCGAUGAACGCUUGGCAAGCAAUGCUAAGGGCAUCUCCACCAACGUCACCAACUGGACAAACUGCUGUUUAUAAUGCUUGGCAAAAUGCAAAUUUAGCAAGUCAACAACAAGCGAAUCGUCCUCCACAAGUCUUCAAUGUCAUGCAACAAACACCUGGUAAUGUUAUUCAACCGCCACUGUCACAACCGAAUCCAGCUGUGUUAAACGCUUGGAGCCGUGCUAAUCUUGCAUCACCACCAACGGCCAAUAAUCCUUGGAAUCGUAUGCCAACGUACCCUUCACCAUAUUCACCAGGAGGCUUACCACCACGAAUGCCCGGCCCCGUUAGAGCACCUGCUCCAGCAUCGUUUGCAUCAUUACUUUCUCAAGCACAGAGACAACAUUUGCCUUACGUAGGAGCAGCGUGA